UUUGUUUAUGAAUGUCAAGAAUAAUAACCUUCAAAUGUGGACAAAAUCAUUCAGUAAAAUUAAUUGAAGGAUAAAAGUGGGCUUUUUCUCUCCUAACAAUUUGUUUUUAUUUUUAUUUCGUUCACUAAUUGAUCUCAUCGUGCUUGACGUCAUGCCAGAGUGCAUAGCACCAGGAUGCACCACAGGAGCCACAACAAAUCCGGAGAAGCUCAAUUGCUUUGUCAUUCCAAGGGAUCCGGAGUUGAAAAAAAAAUGGCAGGAGGCUUUGAAAUCCUCAAAACCUCUCGCACGGACCCAAGUCGUCUGUGAGAAACAUUUUCGGCAGGGAGAUAUCAUCAGGGUGAGACUCCUACUGGGACCCAAUGAUCAGCUGCUUGGAGUCUCACCCUUUCCUCGUCCGAAAUUGCGACCUGGUGCCGUGCCUUCUCGAUUCCCAUGGAUCGAGGUUAAUGAUAAACAAGAGGAAGCACCAGAAGGCAUCCUGGGGGUGAAGGAGUCAUCCGUACGAUUAAAAGAGACUGAAAAUUCGAAGGAAAAUCGUGGUAAUGCGAUAACAAGUCCAAAGCCCCCCGAAAACGACGAUUCUCCACCGACAGAUCCACCACAGUCAACAGAAUCACCCGAAACUCCAGAGGAAGGUCCAGCAAUCACGUUUUCUGAUAUUCUCAACGUCUCGAUAGACCUGCCUCUUUGGUGGAAAAAGAUUAACCAGCGAAACCACGACGAUCUCUUCGUCAGUUUCUCUGAAAUCACUUUCUCGACAGACAAAAAUGACGAUGGACCUCAUUCCUUCAUUCUGAAAGAGCUCAUAGUCGGUUCUAAUCUUGAAAUCCGAAUUUAUGUGCUGGGGGAGUUCCUCAACUGUGCACGUCACAAUUUUGAGACGAAAGUGAAGAGUAAGAAGAUGCUGGAAGACACGCUCUCCCAACUCCACAAGCUAAACAUCUGCAAAGGGUGCACGAUGCCGGAGGCUGUGACUGAUGCCAAGGUAGACUGUCAGGGCACCCUACGUCACAACUCGUGUGAGCUGCUGACGAAGGGAAAUAUCUGCAAACCCUGCCAUUCCGUAAGGAAGAGGUACUUGGGGAGGGAGAGGAGGAAGAGAGCAGAGAGAGAUAAAGUGAAGCAGAAUAGUAAGAAUGUGAAGAGAAUCAAAGUAUCGUCUAGCAACGUUCAGAAAAAGAAUAAGAGAAUGGAAAAAAGAAUAGAAGAACUUGUUAAUGAGAACAAGAAUCUUAAGAAGUGGUAUGUUAAGUUGAUGAAGAAAUGUAAGGGAGAGAUUUUUUUGUAGGCCUUCAACUGGUCAUGUAUGCAGUAUUUUUCGGAUUUGAGAGAAUACAUAAUUUGUUUUAUUGAA